AUGUGCAACACCAGCAUCCGACGAUACGCACAUUGUGCUUGCAUGCACGAGUGGGUAGUGCCCUGCCGCUCGCUGCUAUUUCAAGGUCCCCAAGAGAAGGGCAAGGAGCGGGACGACGAUAGCUACCUGAGCAGUGAGGGCGCCAUUGCGAAGCACAAGCCGAAGGUCGUUGCCUUCCUCAAAAAUCCCAGAUCUGAGGAGUGGGACGCGCAUAAAUCCUGUGACGACUCUUUCGAUCGGUCUCGCGAUGUCACCACGUUUGAGACUGGUGCUUGUCCAGCAUGCAAAGCUUUAGUCAAGGCUAAAGCCGACCCACAACACCCGGACCAUGAGGGCCAGAAGAUUGUUCACGACGCGGUUGUUGUGGAAGUACCGCUCAACUUGGGAAAACGCAAGGAUUUGGACUGGACGCCGCGAAGCUACUACUACAUCCACCGGAGGAAGUACGUUUUUGAUGGAGAAGGCCACGAGCAUAUGGAGGGCAUAGUUGGUGACCUGCACCUGGAGGAGGAGAAUGUGGAGGGCACGCAAUAUCGAAUUCUUCUGGGGGGCUAA